AUGGAGUCUUCACAGAAUACCGCUGGAACUCCUGGCAGCGGUGGAGGAAACGGCAUGAUCGUUCCCCCACACUCUAAUGAUGCUUCCCCGGUUGAUUCCACCGCCGUCGACGAUUCAAAGCACAACCUCAAUCAAGUGACUAACUCGAUUCAGAAAACCCUAGGAAUCCUUCAUCAGCUCUACCUCACCGUGUUUUCCUUCAACGUCGCCUCCCAGGCCCCCCUCCUCCAACGCCAGAACAACAUGGUUUUGGAGCUUGAUAAUAUGUCAAAAUUAGCUGAGAAGUGCAAUAUUCAGGUGCCCAUGGAGGUUCUCAACUUGAUUGAUGAGGGGAAGAACCCGGAUGAGUUCACUAGAGAUGUUCUGAAUAAUUGCAUUGCCAAAAAUCAGAUCACCAAAGUAAAAACUGACGCCUUCAAGGUUUUUCGUAAGAGCCUACUGGAGGAACUUGAUCAGGCAUUCCCCGAUGAGGUGGAAGCAUAUAGGGAGAUACGUGCGAGCUCCUCAUCUGAAGCUAAUUGCUUUGGGCAGGUACAAAGUAUGCAAUGGAGAUUUCAAGGUUAA